AUGUCGCAGCCAGCUGGUCACGAGGAAGCUGCACUUCCUUCCAGCCCCCUGUCUGGAGGGGCCGUGGCUUACAACCAGAUCAACAAGGAAUUGCAGCCGCUGCCGGCCAUGAAUCUCAAUAAUGCUGCCGUGAUCCCUCCUGCUUCUUCUCGAGUUCGAGGCGGCAGCGAUAGACUGUUUGCCCUCGAGUUAGAGGAUGGCACUGUCUACCAGGGCUACAGCUUUGGUGCUGAGAAGAGCAUUGCGGGAGAAUUGGUCUUCCAGACCGGUAUGGUUGGAUAUCCUGAGUCCAUCACUGACCCGUCCUACCGCGGUCAAAUUCUGGUCAUCACAUUCCCCCUUGUGGGCAACUAUGGUGUGCCCUCCCGAGAGACCAUGGACGAGCUGCUGAAGACGUUGCCGAAGCACUUCGAAUCGACCCAAAUUCACAUCGCGGCUCUUGUUGUUGCAACAUAUGCUGGAGAGGAUUAUUCUCAUUUCCUUGCCCAGUCGUCCUUGGGACAAUGGCUCAAGGAACAGGGUGUUCCUGCCAUCCACGGUGUCGACACUCGGGCUCUUACCAAACGCAUUCGUCAGAAGGGUAGCAUGCUUGGCCGUAUGCUGCUCCAGAAGGCCGAGUGUAUCAAUAACGCGGUAGACUCAUUCCCCACGGAGAAGAAUAGCUGGAGAUCUUUUUUUGAGCAGACUGAAUGGGUCGAUCCUAAUAAAAAGAACCUUGUGGACGAGGAGUUUAUGUUAGUCUCCAUUCGGGAACCUAGCCUCUUCUCCCCUCCUCAAAGUGUUGCUCUCAAACACCCUUCCGGCCGGCCAGUCCGCGUUCUCUGCUUAGAUGUUGGAUUGAAGCUCAACCAGCUACGUUGCUUGCUCUCUCGUGGUGUCGAAAUAUUGGUUGUGCCUUGGGAUUAUGAUUUCCCCACUCUUGCUGGCAAGGACUACGACGGUCUUUUCAUCUCGAACGGUCCUGGUGACCCCGCUACCAUGUCCACAACAGUCAAGAAUCUGUCCAAGACCCUCCAUGAGGGACGCAUUCCUGUUUUUGGAAUUUGUUUGGGCCAUCAGCUUAUUUCGCGUGCAGUCGGCGCCCAGACUAUAAAGAUGAAGUUUGGUAACCGUGGCCACAAUAUUCCUUGCACCAGCAUGGUGACCGGAAAGUGCCAUAUCACCUCUCAGAACCAUGGAUAUGCUGUUGAUGCAACAACUCUGCCCGAAGGCUGGGAGGAACUGUUUGUGAACGCAAAUGAUGGUAGCAAUGAGGGUAUUAGGCAUGUCAGUCGGCCCUUUUUCAGUGUGCAGUUCCACCCUGAAAGCACCCCUGGCCCUAGGGAUACAGAGUUCCUUUUCGAUGUGUUCAUCAAUAGCAUCAAGGAUACCAUUGCUUCAGCUGAAGCUCUUCGCAAGCCUGUGUCCUUCCCUGGUGGUACGAAAGAAGAGAACAUCGAGGCAUCACCUCGCGUCUCUGUUAAGAAAGUCUUGAUUUUGGGAAGUGGUGGUCUGAGUAUUGGCCAAGCCGGAGAGUUUGACUAUUCUGGAAGUCAAGCUAUUAAGGCUCUGAAGGAAGAAGGAAUUUACACCAUCUUAAUCAACCCCAACAUCGCCACAAUCCAAACGUCUAAGGGUCUCGCAGACAAGGUGUAUUUCCUUCCCGUGAACGCAGACUUCGUGCGUAAAGUCAUCAAGCACGAGCGCCCGGAUGCAAUCUACGUAACUUUCGGUGGCCAGACUGCGCUGCAAGUGGGUAUCCAGCUCAAGGAUGAGUUCGAAAGCCUGGGAGUUAAGGUCCUCGGUACGCCCAUCGACACAAUCAUCACGACUGAAGACCGUGAGCUCUUCGCUCGAAGCAUGGAAUCGAUUAAUGAGAAAUGUGCCAAGUCUGCAUCGGCUUCCAGUUUGGAAGAGGCUUUGCGUGUUGUGGAAGAUAUUAAAUUUCCCGUUAUUGUCCGUGCUGCUUAUGCUCUUGGAGGUCUCGGCAGUGGUUUCGCUGAGAACAUGGAUCAGCUAAAGGAUCUUUGCACAAAAGCUUUUGCGGCUAGCCCCCAAGUCCUUAUUGAGAAGAGUAUGAAGGGCUGGAAAGAAAUCGAGUACGAAGUUGUCCGAGAUGCAAGAGACAACUGCAUCACAGUUUGUAACAUGGAGAAUUUCGACCCUCUUGGUAUCCACACUGGCGACUCCAUUGUCGUGGCUCCUUCGCAAACCCUUUCGGAUGAGGACUAUAAUAUGCUGCGUACCACUGCCGUCAAUGUUAUUCGCCAUCUUGGUGUUGUCGGAGAGUGCAAUAUUCAGUAUGCUCUUAACCCAUUUUCAAAGGAAUAUUGCAUUAUUGAGGUCAAUGCCCGUCUGUCGAGAUCAUCUGCCCUUGCUUCAAAGGCCACUGGUUACCCUCUUGCUUUCAUUGCUGCCAAGCUUGGUUUAGGUAUCCCUCUAAACGAAAUCAAGAAUUCCGUCACCAAGGUCACUUGUGCAUGCUUCGAGCCUUCUCUUGACUACUGCGUUGUUAAGAUCCCUCGUUGGGAUCUUAAGAAGUUCACCCGUGUUUCGACUCAGCUUGGCUCCUCGAUGAAGAGUGUCGGGGAGGUCAUGAGCAUUGGGCGAACAUUUGAAGAGGCAAUCCAGAAAGCAAUUCGUUCCGUGGACUUUAACAACCUUGGCUUUAACGAGACAAACGCCCUCAUGUCUAUCAAGGGUGAAUUGCAGACUCCUUCCGACCAGCGUCUCUUCGCUAUUGCCAAUGCCAUGGCUGCUGGAUACAGUGUCGAUGACAUCUGGAAGCUCACCCAGAUUGACAAGUGGUUCCUUAGCAGGCUGAAGGGUCUCAGUGAUUUCGGAAAACGCAUGGCUAACUACAAUGCCACAACUGUGCCCAAGCCGCUUAUUCGACAGGCCAAGCAGCUGGGUUUCUCCGACCGCCAACUUGCUACUUUCCUUAGCUCUAACGAGCUUUCAAUUAGACGACUGCGUGUUGAGGCGGGCAUCAUCCCUAUUGUCAAGCAGAUUGAUACAGUUGCAGCUGAGUUUCCCUCAGUAACGAAUUAUCUGUAUCUCACGUACAAUGGUUCGGAGCAUGACGUUGCUUUUGAUGAUAAGGGUAUUAUGGUUUUAGGAUCUGGUGUCUACCGGAUUGGUUCUUCUGUCGAGUUUGACUGGUGUUCUGUGCGAACUAUUCGCACCCUUCGUGAACAGGGUCACAAGACUGUCAUGGUAAACUACAACCCUGAAACCGUCAGCACUGACUAUGAUGAGGCGGAUCGGUUGUAUUUCGAGAACAUUAACUUGGAAACCGUACUGGAUAUCUAUCAGCUGGAAUCCUCUAGCGGUGUGGUUAUUUCCAUGGGUGGCCAGACUCCAAACAACAUCGCCCUUCCCCUCCACCGCCUUAAUGUCAACAUUCUGGGUACUUCGCCGGAAAUGAUUGAUGGUGCUGAGAACCGCUACAAAUUCUCCCGGAUGCUUGACCGCAUCGGUGUUGAUCAGCCGUCUUGGAAGGAGCUCACUAGCAUUGAAGAAGCUACCGAGUUUUGCAACAAGGUCGGAUACCCAGUGCUUGUACGGCCCUCUUAUGUGCUCUCAGGAGCCGCCAUGAACACAGUCUACUCUCAGCAUGAUUUGGCUUCCUACCUGAACCAGGCCGCUGAGGUUUCGCGUGAGCAUCCUGUUGUUAUUACCAAGUACAUCGAAAAUGCCAAGGAGAUUGAGAUGGAUGCUGUGGCCCUGAACGGAGUCAUGGUUGGUCACUUCAUCUCGGAGCAUGUUGAAAAUGCCGGUGUUCACUCUGGUGAUGCUACAUUGAUCCUGCCGCCCCAGGAUCUGGAUCCUGAGACCGUUCGCCGUAUCGAGGAGGCUACUAGGAAGAUUGGAAAUGCCCUUAAUGUCACUGGUCCGUAUAACAUCCAAUUCAUUGCCAAGGAUAACGACAUCAAGGUCAUCGAGUGCAAUGUCAGAGCUUCUCGAUCUUUCCCAUUUGUGUCGAAGGUCAUGGGUGUUGAUCUGAUUGAAAUGGCAACCAAGGCUAUGAUCGGCGCUCCAUUCGCUGAAUACCCUCCUGUGAACAUUCCUAAGGACUACGUUGGAGUGAAGGUUCCCCAGUUUUCAUUCUCCCGACUUUCGGGAGCCGAUCCUGUUUUGGGUGUUGAAAUGGCUUCAACCGGAGAAGUGGCUUCAUUUGGCCGUGAUAAAUAUGAGGCCUACCUCAAAGCCCUCUUAUCCACCGGAUUCCGCCUUCCGAAGCGUAACAUUUUGUUUUCUAUCGGAUCUUAUAAGGAGAAGUUGGAGAUGUUACCCUCAAUUCGAAAGUUGCACCAGAUCGGGUUCAACCUCUUUGCUACCGCUGGAACGGCCGACUUCCUGAAGGAAAAUGGCGUUCCUGUCAAGUACCUGGAAAUUCUUCCAGGCGAGGAGGAAGACAUUAAAUCCGAGUACUCUCUAACUCAGCAUUUGGCCAACAAUCUUAUAGAUCUUUACAUCAAUUUGCCAUCGAACAACAGAUUCAGACGUCCUGCAAACUAUAUGAGUAAGGGUUAUCGGACACGCCGGAUGGCUGUGGACUACCAAACUCCCUUGGUGACAAAUGUCAAGAAUGCGAAGAUCCUGAUCGAAGCGAUUGCCCGCCAUUAUGACUUGAACGUGCGUACCAUCGACUAUCAGACUAGUCACCGCACUAUCAUUCUCCCUGGACUGAUUAAUAUUGCUGCUUUUGUACCCGACUUGAUGAAACUUGGUUCUAAGGAUUUUGAACUUAUGACUAAGGCUUCGAUUGCUGCUGGGUUCAGCAUGGUGCGUGUCAUGCCUGUAGGUGUUGAUGCGUCUGUCACCGACGCUCGUGCCUUGAGGGUUGUCCAACAGAAUGCACAGAAUGCUGCCUGCGACUUCAACUUCUCCGUGGUGGCAAAUUACAACAACUCGGAGCAGAUUGGCCAGGUGACUGGAGAAGUGGGAUCCCUCUUCAUUCCUUUCAACCACCUCUCUGGAAACGUUAGCAAGGUUGCAGCUGUCACCAGCCAUUUUGCCUCAUGGCCUUCAACUAAGCCUAUCGUCACAGACGCCAAAUCGACUGAUCUCGCAUCGGUGUUGCUGUUGGCAAGCCUGCACAAUCGCAACAUCCACGUCAUGAGCGUUACUUCCAAGGAGGACAUUGGUCUUAUUGCGCUCAGCAAGGAGAAGGGUCUGAAAGUCACUUGUGAUGUUUCUAUCUUUUGCCUUUUCCUUUCGAGGAGCGACUUCCCGGAAUGCAGCUUUUUGCCUUCCGCUGAGGACCAGAAGGCUCUAUGGGAACACCUUAGCACCAUUGACGUCUUUUCUAUUGGCAGUAUCCCAUUCCAACUUGCUGGUGACAAAGCUUCCCCAGUCGUCGGUAUUGCUGAGUCCCUGCCAUUGCUCUUUACUGCGGUGUCUGAAGGUCGCUUGACUGUAGACGAUAUCAUUGCUCGGCUUUACGAGAACCCUAAGAGGAUCUUUGAGCUCCAUGACCAAGCAGAUAGCUCGGUUGAGAUUGAAAUCGAUCGUCCUUAUCUGUACCAGAGCGCACAUUCCUGGUCUCCUUUGAACGGAAAGAACGUGAGAGGCUCUGUCCAGCGUGUUGUCUUCCAAGGAAGGACCUCUUGUCUCGAUGGUGAGAUCAUUCCUGAUGCUGUUAAGGGUACGGAUAUGUCUGGUCACCGGAUCGUGCCUGCAUCGCCUUCUAUCAAAGCCCUGUCGCCCAUGGUUCAGGCUGACAGACGGCUAUCGAUUUCUGGCACGCCUAUCCGGCCUGUGCGCAGGACGCUGGAUCAAGUGGUAGCGCCAACUGAGCUUGGUCCGCCUUUGUACGCUCCAGUGCCUCAAGCUUCGUCUUCUCUCCUUGAGAUGUUGUCGCGGUCCCCAUUCAAGCAAAAGCACGUCCUUUCUGUUAAGCAGUUCACCAGAGCUGAUCUGCAUCUGCUUUUCACCGUGGCCCAAGAAAUGCGACUUGGCGUCCAACGGCAGGGUGUUCUCGACAUUUUGAAGGGCCGCGUUCUCUGCACUCUCUUCUACGAGCCGUCUACGAGGACUUCAGCCUCUUUUGAUACCGCUAUGCAGCGUCUGGGAGGUCGGACUGUGAUCAUUUCGACCGAGCAGUCGUCCACAAAGAAGGGCGAGACUUUGCAGGACACUCUCCGUACCCUUGGUUGCUACGGAGAUGCAGUCGUCCUCCGACACCCUGACCCAACCAGUACUGAAACUGCUGCCAAGUUCUCACAAGUCCCAGUGAUUAACGGCGGCAAUGGUAGCGUUGAACACCCUACCCAAGCCUUCCUUGAUCUUUUCACUAUCCGUGAGGAACUAGGAACAGUCACCGGCUUGACCAUCACCUUCACUGGCGAUCUUCGGUACGGACGUACUGUUCACUCGCUCAUCAAGCUGCUCCAGUUCUAUGAUGUUCGGAUUCAGCUUGUGGCUCCUAAGGACUUGUCUCUGCCGGAGGACGUCCGUCAGCAAAUCCGUGCCUCAGGACAGCUUGUUUUGGAGUCGGAGGAAUUGACCCCUGAGAUUGUCGCCCGCUCCGACGUUCUGUACUCCACUCGCGUGCAGAAGGAGCGGUUUGCCGAUCUUGAGCAGUAUGAGCGCCUCAAGAACAGCUUCGUCAUCGACAAUGCUCUCCUGAAGCAUGCCAAGAGCCACAUGGUUGUGAUGCACCCUCUGCCUAGAAACGCGGAGAUUGCCGAGGAGGUCGAUUUCGAUCAACGGGCGGCUUACUUCCGACAGAUGAGAUAUGGCCUCUACUGCCGCAUGGCUCUGCUUGCAUUGAUUAUGGCGCCUUAG